ACGCUUUAGUGGACGAAAUUCGCUAAAUAACCAACUUCAGAUCCUAAAAGGGAGGGAGAAGAAUCAGCGGACGCAGCUAAUCUCUUCAAACGCACACUUUAUCCCCUCAUCCCUUGGCUUUCCAGGUCACCAUGUCUGCAGGAAACGGCACCCCUUCGGGGUCAGCAGCAGGGGAGGAGGUCUGGGCGGGGUCAGGAGUAGAAGUGGAGGGCUCAGAGCUGCCCACCUUCUCAGUUGCAGCCAAGGUCCGAGUGGGAGUGACCGUUGUGCUGUUUAUUUCUUCGGCUGGAGGCAACCUGGCUGUGCUGUGGUCAGUGACACGGCCGCAACCUAGCCAGCUCCGCCCCUCUCCGGUACGACGACUCUUUGCUCAUUUAGCAGCUGCCGACUUACUGGUCACUUUCGUGGUUAUGCCUCUAGAUGCCACCUGGAAUAUCACUGUUCAGUGGCUGGCCGGGGAUAUCGCAUGUCGGACACUCAUGUUCCUGAAACUAAUGGCUAUGUAUGCCGCAGCUUUCCUGCCUGUGGUCAUUGGGCUCGACCGCCAGGCAGCCGUACUCCACCCGCUUGGACCCCGCUCAACUGGAGGGAAACUUCUGGGGGCAGCCUGGGGACUUAGUUUCCUGCUUGCCUUGCCCCAGCUAUUCCUGUUCCAUACUGUCCACCGAGCUGGUCCAGUCCCCUUCACUCAGUGUGUCACCAAAGGCAGCUUCAAGGCUCAAUGGCAAGAGACCACCUAUAACCUCUUCACCUUCUGCUGCCUCUUUCUGCUGCCACUGACUGCCAUGACCAUCUGCUAUAGCCGCAUUGUCCUCAGUGUGUCCAGUUCCCGGACAAGAAAGGGGAACCAUGCCUCUGCCGGUGAAUUUACCCUCCGCCGCUCCUUAGACAAUCGUCCCCGUGUUCGUCUUCGGGCCCUGCGACUGGCCCUGCUUGUCUUGCUGACCUUCAUCCUCUGCUGGACACCUUAUUACCUGCUAGGUCUCUGGUACUGGUUCUCUCCCACCAUGCUAAAUGAAGUGCCUCCCAGCCUCAGCCACAUCCUUUUCCUCUUUGGCCUCCUCAAUGCUCCUCUGGAUCCUCUCCUCUAUGGGGCCUUCACCCUUGGCUGCCGAAGAGCGCAUCAAGAACUUAGUAUAGACUCCUCCAGAGAAGGAGGAUCUGGAAGAAAGCCCCAGCAGGAGAUUCAAGCCCUUAGACAGAUGGAAAUACAAGCAAAUGUGGCAGCAAAAGAGGCAGGAGAAACAAAAGACAUCCCUAUAACAUCCAUUUGUUCAGGACAGAGUACACAGGAACAGAAUGAUUAUUCUUUCGUAUCACAGGAAUAUCUGACUUCUACCCUGCUCUCUUAGCUUCCAAGAAAAAGAAAUACUGAGCACAGUCUCUACUUUGACCCCAGCUGAGACUUGAGACUAUGUCUACUGUAGAAACUCACAGAAUUCAGUCCCUGGGAGAAGUAUCUUCACAGUGACCCACACUACCUUACUGUAAAUAGUGCUUCAGAGCUUGCAAUGUCAGAACAGGAAAGUAAUUUUAAAUGUAGAAAACAAAACUGGGACAUUUAUUCAUAACUCAAAAGAAACACUAAGCAGGAAAGGGUAAGAGAUUAAAUAUAAAACACAGUGAGUUCCACCCCAGCCCUAUUUCCCCAAAGCUGCAUGGUCAAAUGGAACCUCUGGAGAGAACAUCA